GCUGGGCUGGGCCGGGUUGGGCUGGGCAGGGCUGGGCGCCGCCUCCGCACCUUCCCCCGCGCUUCCACUUUCCAGCUCUAGAGCCCCGCCUGGAGUGGAGUGCCAAGGAGCUAGGCGUCGGGAGUCGGCGUUCUGUCUGGCAGAAGCGUUGACACAGACAGACAGGCAGACGGGACACUGCUUUGAUUCAGACAGGCAAGACAGACCUACGGAGGAAAUCUCCAGCGUGGCCCUCUCCCCUCCUGGUUGGCAAGAUGUCAGGGAAGGAGGGAGUGCAGAAGAAGUGGGCUGCCCUGAAGGAAAAGCUGGGGCCCCAGGAUGGGGACCCCACAGAGGCCAACCUGGAGAAUGCCGAGCCUGAGCUGUGCAUCCGCCUCCUGCAGAUGCCCUCCGUGGUCAAUUACUCUGGAUUGCGCAAGCGGCUGGAGAGCAGCGACGAUGGCUGGCUGGUGCAGUUCCUGGAGCAGAGCGGCCUUGACCUGCUGUUGGAAGCCCUGGCCCGGCUGUCUGGCCGGGGUGUGGCAAGAAUCUCUGAUGCCCUGCUACAGCUCACGUGCAUCAGUUGUGUGCGGGCCAUCAUGAAUGCCCGCCAGGGAAUCGAGUACAUCCUGAACAACCAGGGCUAUGUGUGCAAGCUCUCAGAGGCUCUGGACACCUCUAAUGUGAUGGUCAAAAAGCAAGUGUUUGAGCUGUUAGCUGCCCUCUCUAUCUACUCCCCUGAAGGCCACAAGCAAAUUCUGGAUGCCCUGGACCACUAUAAGGUGGUCAAGAGCCAGCAGUACCGCUUCAGUGUAAUCAUGAAUGAGCUCUCCAACACAGACAAUAUUCCCUACAUCAUCACCCUGCUGAGCGUCAUCAAUGCCAUCAUCUUGGGCACCGAGGAGCUCAGGGCCCGAACUCAGCUCCGGAAUGAGUUCAUUGGUCUCCAAUUGCUGGAUGUUUUAACCAAACUGAGAGACAUUGAAGAUGUGGACCUCCUGAUCCAGUGUGAGACCUUUGAGGAGGCCAAGUCUGAGGAUGAUGAGGAGCUGCUCAGAGUCUGCGAUGGGAUUGACAUGAGCAAUCACCAGGAAGUCUUCUCCACUCUGUUUAAUAAGGUGAGCUGCUCCCCCAUCUCAGUCCAACUCCUCUCUGUCCUGCAAGGUCUCCUGCACCUGGAACCCACCCACCACUCGAGCUUGCUGCUGUGGGAAGCCCUGGAGAUCAUGGUGAACAGAGCUGUGCUCUUAGCCAGUGAUGUCCAAGAGAGCAGCAUUGAAGAAAUAGUGGAGAGACUCCUGUCCAUGAAGAUGCGGCCUCAGCAGAGCCCCAAGAUCUGUAGCAAGGUCAAGACAGCCCAUAAGUGUAUCCAAGUUAGCUUGGACAUAGUGGAACCAUCACCAAAGAAGAGCCUGAAGGAAGAUGCCUCUGGGCCAUCAUCAGACAAUGGCAGUAUAGAGACUGUUAAAGCCAUCCAUCUGCCCACAGCCUCUGCCACCCCAGAGCCACACCCCCCUCUCCAGUGGCAGCUGUAACCCCCCUCCUUGAUAUGCCCCC